GUUAAACACACAUGUAAAGUACUUGGCUUCGGACUUUCUUGCUUCUUUCUCCUCCUCAUCUCCUCUGCUCUAUUUUUUUUCUUCUGUUGGGUUCUGUCUUCGCCCAGACUUUUCUCCUUUUCUCAGGAACUCUAAGUUUCUGAGUUCAUGAAGAUGCCAGUGGCAUCGGUCUGGCUACUGGCAUUCACCAAUCUAUUAUUAUUGAUCAGAGUAGAAAGCAAUAACGCAGUAUGCAAGGAGACUUUCAAGUUAGACCCAAGACCUCACAGUGUCUCCAUCCUCGAGUUUGGAGCGGUUGGAGAUGGCAAGUACCUCAACACGAUUGCUUUCCAAAACGCUAUUUUCUACCUCAAGUCCUUUGCCGAUAAAGGCGGUGCUCAGCUUUAUGUUCCACCUGGGAAAUGGCUCACUGGAAGCUUCAAUCUCACUAGCCAUCUCACUCUCUUCUUGGAAAAAGGAGCAACCAUUCUUGCAUCACCGGAUCCAUCGCAUUGGGAUAUUGUCAGUCCUCUACCGUCAUAUGGUCGCGGAAUCGAACUUCCGGGGAAACGAUACAGAAGUUUGAUCAACGGAGACAAUCUACUAGACGUAGUCAUCACUGGUGAUAACGGGACAUUUGACGGUCAGGGUGCUGCCUGGUGGAAGUGGCUAGAGUCAGGAACUUUGAACUAUAGCCGACCUCAUAUCAUCGAAUUCGUCUCAUCCAAAAACAUCCUUAUAUCGAACCUAACCUUCUUAAACGCACCUUCCGUCAACAUUCACCCUGUUUAUUGCAGUCAUGUUCAUAUUAAAAAUGUUCUGAUCGAAACAAGCGUUGAUUCUCCAUACGUUCUUGGAGUUGUCCCAGAUUCUUCGGACAAUGUUUGUCUCGAGGACUCAACAAUCAACGUAGGACACGACACGGUUUCGCUCAAGAGUGGUUGGGACCAAUACGGCAUAAACUACGGCCGUCCAACCACCACUGUUCACAUUCGGAACCUCAUCUUAAAAUCUCCCACCGGUGCCGGAAUCUCCUUCGGUAGCGAGAUGUCAGGCGGAAUCUCCGACGUAACCGUCGAGCGUCUCACCAUACACAGCUCACGCGUAGGCGUCGCCUUCAGGACCACCAGAGGCAGAGGAGGGUAUAUCCGUAACAUCACGAUCUCCGGCGUCGUUCUCUCCGGUGUAGACACAGCCAUCGUGGCCGACGGACACACCGGGGCGCACGCGGAUGAUAAAUACGACAGGGACGCGCUCCCGGCCGUGACGCGCAUCGUCAUGAAGAAUUUCACCGGAGAGGGUGUAGGAUCGGCCGGGAAGUUCACCGGAAUGGGAGAGUCUCCGUUCACGUCGAUAUGUCUCUCGGACGUUCAUUUGCAAACGAGUUCAGAAUCUUGGGUUUGCUCCAACGUCUCUGGUUACGCGGAGGACGUGUCGCCGGAGCCUUGUGGAGAGCUCAUGAGUUUUCCGUCGGCUUGUUUCGCCGGUGGUAAGAUAUACGGUGGAGAAAUGGCGGGUCAGUCGUACUACAGCUGGUAAUGAAAGUAAAUUUUAAUAAGUGGUGAUGAAGAAGAAGAGAGUGGCGGUGGAGUUUGGUUUAUGAGAUUGAAUUUUCGAUUUUUUUUGGUCAGUAAAAGUCAUAAAAUUUGUUGUCGGAGCGAGCGAGGGAGGAAGAAAAGAAAACGUGAGAAUCAAGAAACAGAGUAUAUGUUGUAUUAUUUAUGUACAGCUUCCCAUUUCUUCAUUCAUGGUGUAAGAUAUAAUUCAUCUUUCUUUCUUGUUUCUAUCAAGAGUUGUGAAAAGUGAGAAUAUCAAGA